UUUCCAGUUGAAAAGACUAUUAACGAUACCAUUAGACAAAUAUGAACGCAGACGUAUCCCGUCUUCUGUGUGUACAGAUACUCAGGUGUGUCCAAGGUAAGUUCUACUGAAUUCUUUGUGAAACAUAUCCCUUUUAACUUAUUAACAGAAGAUUUUUUAACAUUUCGAAUUUUUAGUCAAGGUUCCACUUAAUAAGAAAUGUUGUCCUUUAGCGAGAACUGACUGCUACUACCUGUUGAUAUUCGCAAACGAAAAUGAGUGUGAAAUCGGAAAGAUUGGCCCAGCUCUUUAAAGAUUUUCAUCGACUGACAAACUUUUUUUGAAAGUUGACGGUCAUUGUUCUGCUUGACAACUCUACUUCAAAUCUAUCUCAAAUAAGAUCAGCGUACCCCAGUCAGAUUUUCCUUACAUUUAACCCAGUUCCUUACAAAAGCUAAAUCUAGACAUGAGGUGUUGCAGUAUAGUUUCACACCUAGCUUGCAAAUCGAGGUAUGUCAAAACAAACCCCUUUAUAUGAAGUUUGUGCCGUCAUCUUCCUCUCUAAAUAAGAAUGCUUUGAAGGUCUGACUUUGCAUGAUUAUUCCUAUCUUUUCACUCUCACUGGUAAUUAUAAUACUUUACACCGUAUCCCUCCUGUACAUAGGGAUUGUAACCAAUUUUCAAGCGUGCUUGUCUCGAUUGUAUGAAAUAUUUGGCACCAAAUAAAUUACACUACCAGAGGGGAGGUAAGAAAACUGAUGUCAGAUUAACCUUGGUUGCUUUUGGCGACAUAUAUCUGAACCAACGUCUGCUUUUGGAGGCACUAGAUAAAAUGUUUAUAUAACAAUGAAGUAGAUCUCAUAAUUCUUACACUGAAAGGCUCACUGAACUAAACUGGUCAACAUUGGAGCUUAGAAGAAAAUACUUUUGCCUGGUUCAACUUUACAAGAUAAUUCAUGGCUAUUCUGAUAUUGAUUAUACCACAUAUGAGGAUCUGACUGGCCCGACAAGAACUAGAAGAAACCAUGACUUUAAAAUCAGGCCUAGAGCAGCAAGGACAAACUAUUUUAAAUUUUCAUUUUUUAAUCGUUACGUUAAUGAUUGGAACUCUUUACCAAACUCCGUUAUGUCUGCUUCCAGUUUGAACUCUUUUAAAACUUUAUUACUUAAUUAUCUUUGUAAAUAGUCAUAUGUUUUCCAUUUCGUACUGAAUUUGGAUUUUCUUUUUUAUUUAAUAUCUAAGUAGUUUAUAGUGUAGUUAUGUAUUAGUUUUCUAUUCUUAAUUGUUUUAUCUUUUGGUUUUGGAGGGCAGUUUUUAUAUGGGAAUUCAGUUUUCCCCUAUUGCUUUCCUUUACCUAUUGUACUUUUAUAUAUGUAUAUAUAUUUUUAUUUUGUACAUUCGUAAAAAGAAUUAUUAAACUUAAACUUAAACUUAAACUUAAACUUAAGUCUUUUUCCUUAUUUUAGGUUUAGUCGUCUGUACAUGGCGGUUACGUUUUCAGUGGGAUUUUCAUUCUGUAGUGUUCCAAAUUUCUACUCCCAUAAAUUUUAAUUUAAUAAGAAUUUCUAUUUCUACUCCCAUAAAUUUUAAUUUAAAAAGAAUUUCUCCCAUGUAUAAUGACUAUGUAUAUUUUCUCUUAAUUUGAAAGAUUUUGCAAAAGUAGUGGCAGAUUAUUUGGAAAAACUUGUGCAUAGUAGUGGUAUUUGAUACAAAGUUAGCUCGUAAAAUGGAUAAAAAGUUCCCAAAACGGAAUGGCUUGGUUCCAGCAUGCCUUUGCAGCCUUGUAUCUGUUUAGAAAUCAUUAUAGAACCUAUUCUAACAAGUCUUAAUCUUCCGUACUCCAAAGGAUUAACUUACCAAAUACACUGAAGGAGAGCAGCGAAGAUGGUAACAAAAGAAUCAUUAUUCAUAGUUUUCGCGCUUUUUGCGAAGUUUCUUGGAGCAAUUUCCCUUCCAACAGAAAAAGGUAACUAUAUAGCCAUAAAUAAAUCCAUGAUUAAUGGAUGUCUCCAGCACCAAUGAGAUGUUAUAAUUUUCAUAUGAGGUCACUUGAGAACAAAUUAAACAGAGAGAGUUCUGAGCACUUAAAAACAAAAUUACACCGAAAAAAACAAGCGCCAAUGUCACGGUUUCUUUAACGAUCAUCUAAAAAAGACACGACGCAUAACCAAAGAAAGGAAUAAAAGAAAGAUGAAAUUCGUUUUUAUGUAAAUUUGUACGUAUGUCAGGGAGCUCUUGUAAAAAAGUUACCGUAUUUAUUGGAAUAAGCGCCCAACCUCGAAUUAGCGCCCACCUCGAAUAAGCGUCCAUCCUAAAGGCAGAAAAAGUUAAUUAGCGCCCAGCCUCGAAUAAGCGAACACCCCUACCCCACCCCCUCCCACUGCCACUCAAACUGAAAUAGGCGCCCACCCCCUUACACCUACCACCCCCCAAAAAGGAGUAAGUACUAAUAACAGACUUGCCCGAAGACGGAGUUUUCUUCAGAGUGUUUUGCAGAAACCUUGCUUUGUUAAAUCUUCGCGUUUUGUUAUUACCACUUACUGUUUUGUUGCAAAAUAUACAUGUUACACUUCUUGAAAAUGGUGAAAAUUUAAUAAGCGCCCAGCCUCGAAUAAGCGCCCACCUCGAAUAAGCGCCCACCUCGAAUAAGCGCCCACUCUCAAGGUCCAAAAAUUUAAUAAGCGCCCAGGGCGGUUAAUCGAGUGGAGGCCGUUACGUUACUUAACUUGAGCAGCACUAUUCAUCAACGGAAAAGAACUUAUGUAAGAAGAAAUCAAAACGAACCGGCCUCCUAACAAGAAACGUGGCUGAUUAAAGACAAUCAACUUUCGCCAACAACAUGAGUGAACAACAAGGAUUUCAUGAUAUUCUGAUGGACAGGCACAUGAUUUACAAUUUUUCUAAUUCUCUUUAGAAAGCCUAAAAAGGGAUGAGUAUGAUACGAACGCCUUUUCUAAUGACAUCAACAAGUGUCUGUUCACUGCGUGGACAACUGCUUCUGGAAAUCCAAACGCCGUUUUGAGCAAGUCUGUUGAGUGUAAAGGGUAUGCAGGAAGCCAUGUACAGCUGUGCUAUGGUCUUGAACCACCUAAGGCACAGUUUGCUGCCUGCUACAACAAACAAACACUUACUCCAGACUUCACAGGACAUAUUGUAGAACCCGAUAUCGAGGGAACAGGAAGAGAAGAUGAAUGGAGAGAAGACAAAGGAAAAUUUGGUAACGAGUCUUACUUUCUUCCGACUUUUCUCUACCAGGCUCCGGUUGCUCUAACGUUAUAUAGUGCUAAUUACCAGAAAAUUCCUUUAUCCAGUGGAUAAGUUAUAGGGAAAUGUUCGGCACUAGACACAGUGGAUAUAUAGCAUUAUCCACCUUUUUUGAACAACUGGAGCCAGAACAGGAGCCCAUAUCGCCAUACAAAUAAAAAUAUAUUUGGCAGCACUUUCAUAAUCUAGAUUCAUAUGAUCUCAUAAGUGUAUAAGUUUUGAAGUGCUGCAUUAUAGCGAAUAGGUAUACAAGUGCAAAAUGAACGGGAUUGUUUGACAUGAAUAAGGAGAGCUAGGGGGAGAGAUUUACCAACAACAAUUAAUACGCGUCAUUUGCAUGACUACAACAAAGUAUUACAGUAUAAUUGCAAAAGCUACUUGAAUUUAAUUAUUGAUAGUCCUUUUUAAAUUAAAUAUUUAAAAUAAUUUGAAAUAUGUUAAACAUUGCUUAUUUUUAACCAUCAGUAGGAUUAAUUAUUCCGGAGACAAAUUUGUCUCUCAAUUCAAUGUAAGUGAUAUAAAUGAAAUUAAUUGGAUCUUAUCGAAGAAGAACUUGGACAAUCUAAUAAAAAGUGAGUUUCAUCUUCAAUUCUGUUACAAUUGCAGAAACUGCAUAAUCUUUCAUCACGUGAUAUAUUGUCGUAUCAUACCUGUCUCAAUUCUAAGUUUGAGCACAGCUUUGUCGUCUUCCUUUAAAUAUCACAAUCAAUCAAAAAAUUCUCAAACACAUUUUGUAUAUACAGCCUAAAGAUGAGGAAUCUCUUGUCGAACAAGCUUUUUUAAGUGUCCUUCGACUUACACUGUAAUAGCAAAAGUAGCUUCCACUCUCAUUUAAUGAAAAUGUCAGAAUACUUCAGAAGCUUCCUGACUUUAACCCUGAUUUAUUAGAUAUAGCUAUGGUAUAAAGGUAUUUAAGUUCAAUGAAACAGGAAUAUAUCUCAUAUUGGCAAAACACCCUUCAAUAUUGUCAAAAACUUGAAUUUUAUAGAUCUUUUAAAACCGGUCAUACCUCCUCUAGUUUCUUAGAUUUAACAAGAGGAACAGCUGGGAGAAAGGCUUUAGUAAAACUACGAAUAAGCAAUCACAAACUAAUGAUAGAAAUAGGCAGAUACAAUCAAACUACGAAGGAUAAUAGGCAUUGCCCUUUUUUUGGAUGCAAUGUAAUAGAAGACGAAGUUCACUUUCUUUUUCAAUGUCCUACAUACUCUAUGAUUAGGAACAAAUUUUACUAUAAGGUCAAGACUCUAAGUCCAAUUAUUACCCAGUUACCUAUAAACGGUUUGAUUAAUGAACUGAUGAACUCUUCUAAUUACUUUAUCAAUAUACAAUUCAUAAAAUAUAUUUCAGCUUGUUUUGAUGUUCGUGACAAAUUAUUAUCAAAGUAACGUAAUUGCCCUGUGUUGUAAUUUUGAUUCCUAAACAUAGCUUUUGCAAUACUGUAUGUGUUUGUAUGGUCAUACAAAUAAAGCUCGUUGUUGUUGUUGGACUGCCUAUACUCAGUUUCACUAAUGUUUUUCUGGAAGGGUUCUUUCUUGUUAGAUCUAGGUAGGCAGCGGGGCUAUAAUUCACUUUAAUUAUGUAAUAAAAAUUAAGUUUUUGUGAAUGUUGAAGGAUAUGAUUCCAGUAAGAAAUAUAUUUCUUUUGCCUGAUCACGGUAGAGAAACAUAUGCUUCUCCCUUUCGUAUCUCCAUUGACGCAGCUAGGAUACUUGCCAUAACGCCAGUUGUUUUAUAAUAUGAAAAGCUCCACUAAUUCCUUGUCUACUUGCACUCCACCUUACAAGCCCCAGUACCUCAAUCGAAAGUAGAAGACUACGAUCCUUACAGUCAAAAAGGCCUGUUCGAUAACUAUGACAUCCAAAAGCAGUAUUUCUUAGCUAAAGGACAUCUGACUCCUAAUGCAGACUUUAAUACAGACGAUGAGCGUCUUCUAACAAUGAUAACCACAAACAUUGCACCUCAGGGGCAGAAGUUUAACAGCGAGAAUUGGUCAGGAUUGGAGAGAGGUGUACGAAGAUGCGCAAGUUUUAGCAACAGAAAUUUAUACGUUUUUACUGGUGUGGGUAAGUAGCGAGCCUUCAAUGUGCCAGUGUAUUCGCCAGCAAUUUCCUGACAUACAAGGAGAAUACAUCUUUUAAAUAAAGAAACCAUUUGAUUAAAAUAAAUCGAGAAAAGCAGCGAACGACCGUUAAAGAGGUUCAGCAGUUUUUUGAAGUAAGACUGCUGACACCAAGUUCAACGGUUGAUCCACUCUUUGUAGCCGGUAUGCUUUCAAGUAGGCUUCCAUGCGUAUGUUUAAAUAUGUUUGCUCUUGCUGUUCCGUGUGUGCUUCGGCUGCUCCGAGAACAAAACGUUCAGUGGCUUUGAUUCAGAGAAAGGGUAAGUGCAUUAGUACACCACAUUUAAACAACUGACUAUGUACUUCUGGAAUUGAUGCCGUCACUACCAUCAAUCCCAUCUACUAUAAGCCUAGCAUUAGUACUUCGUCACGAAAAUCAAAUGGCGAAUAAUCAAGUGCUGCUUCAUAAAUAGAGAAAGGUGAGGAAGGAGUAAACUGUGACCAAUUAAAACAGUUUUACAGUUUUUACUGUAAAGUGGAACCCAGUCUUACGGCCAUUUCGGUAAUACGGUCACCUCGAUAUUACGGACACUUUUUUUCGGCCCGGCAAAACGGCCAUACAUUUCCUUACAAACUGCAAACCCCCGUUAAUGCGGUCACCCGUUAAUACGGCCAACAGCCACAUUUGAAAUCCCAAACAGUAGAAUUUCUUAUAAUUUUACCCCGUUAAUAAGGCCACUUGCUCGAAAUUUUUGGAAAAUUAAAAUGUCUGUGACAUGUCACUUUCAUUGACCUAGUACUCUGAGCCUGUUCUUGUGCUGUUUUUAGGCUACAGUACACAUAAAGUGCACUUGUUGCGAUGUUAUAGCCAAACUUUAAAAGUGUUUUAUGUUCUGAUGGAAAGUUUUAAGUAGUUUUUUUUUUUUUUUCAGUUACUGUACGCGAUAUCUACAUUCUGGUUGUUUAUUAAUGAGAACAGUUGUUCAAGAAAUGCGAAUUAGAUAUACGGUGUAUUUGUCAUUACGGCGCUCAAGUCAUAAAAUUUGAGCCUGCCCCGAUAACACAGCUACCCUGUUAAUACGGCCAAAUUUUUUUGACCCACUGGUGACCGUAUUAACGGGGUUCUACUGUACUUGUUUAGACCCUCCCCUUAGGUUGCCCACCCCACCCCACCCCACUACGCCCUAGACAUCCAUCCUGAGGUGCAAUAAUAUUUAAAAUAGUCUAUCAAGUCAAACAAGGAUACUCCAAGGUAAAAGGAUUUAUCUUUAGCGCACCUAAGGCUCUUUUUCUUUAGGCGGUAAAGCAAGAAAUUUGAGUGGCGAAGUUAUGUAUCUCAAGAGAAGAGUUUUGACCCCGAGGUGGUUUUGGAAAGCCGUUUGUGAUCCAGUAGCAAAGCAGUCGAUCUUCUUCGUGGGUGAAAACAGCGUUGGCAUCGCCAGCCAGGCUAAAGCAAAAGGAUGCAAUAUGAUUGAGCAAACAAAAGAUAAGGGCAUCGUAUAUUGCAUGAGCCACCAAAAGGCAACUCGUAAAUUCAAAGAAUUUAAAUUGUCACCUUUUCAAGAGAAAAAUUGUAAGCCUUCAAAGAAAGGCACAUUCAUGGAUAAUUUCCUCAAUGGCCUUAAAUAA